GCUAUCUUCCUCUUCUUCUCCGCCUUCUUCUUCUGCGGUUCCUCCACUGUUACUCAUAACAAACAUAGCGGCUCUAUGACACUUAAAGCUUCAGGCAGUCGGAUAUUUGGAGAAAUGUCAUAGUAACUUUUGCUCUUUGUGAAAAAAAAAUAAGCUUGACGUUUCCCAUUAGCUUCAGGUACAAGCUAGCUGUCGGUAACUAACUGUAAACUGUCGAGCUCGUCAGCCAACUUAACUACUCUUGCUAACGCAGCCAUCUGAACCUCGACGACGUAUAAAGCUUCCCAGUAUCAAGCUGGUUUGCUUUUAAAAUCAACGAGUGACAGGACUGUACUUGUGAUGUAGUCGUUCCAUCGUGCCAGCUGCCUGUCUGCCUUCUGAGGGGGGGGUUGAGAUUGUUCUCACAGUGAUGGAUGAAGACACCCCAACCCUGAAGCCCAGACGGAUCCAGAAUCAAAACGUGGUUCAUCGCCUUGAGAGGCGUAGGAUCUGUUCAGGCCGACCUGGUGCUCACUGGUACAGGGUACGUUGCUUCCACCAGAACCUUUUUCCCAACUUCACUGUGGUCAAUGUGGAGAAGCCUCCAUGCUUCCUUAGGAAGUUUUCACCAGAUGGACGCUGCUUCAUCGCUUUCUCUUCUGACCAGACUUCUCUAGAGAUAUAUGAAUACCAAGGCUGCCAGGCGGCUCAAGACCUGCUGAGAGGCCAAGAGGGAGAAACUCUUCUAACAGCCAAUGAUCAGCGUUCCCUCAACAUCCGAGGCCGCCUGUUUGAGCGCUUCUUCUCUUUGCUCCACGUCACUAAUGUGGCCUCAAACGGAGAACACCUUAACCGGGAGUGCAGCCUGUUCACCGACGAUUGUCGUUAUGUCAUUGUUGGGUCAGCUGUGUACGUCCCUGAGGAGCCGCCGCCUUAUUUCUUUGAGGUGUAUCGGAACAAUGAAUCUGUGACUCCCAACCCCCGAUCCCCUCUAGAAGACUACUCCCUCCACAUUAUCGACCUCCACACUGGCAGGCUCUGUGACACCAGGUCCUUCAAGUGUGACAAGAUCAUUCUGUCCCAUAACCAGGGCCUGUACCUCUACAGGAACAUCCUGGCUGUGCUGUCAGUCCAGCAGCAGACUAUACAUGUGUUUCAGAUAACUCCAGAGGGGACGUUUCUAGAUGUAAGGACUAUUGGGCGGUUCUGUUACGAGGACGACCUCCUGACUCUGUCAGCAGUUUACACUGAGGCUCAGGCUGAGAGUCAGCCGGGUUUCCCUCGCCUCUACACUGACAAAACCAUCAACUCCCUCAAGCACAGGCUGCUGGUCUACCUCUGGAGGAGGGCUGAGCAGGAUGGCAGCGCCACCGCCAAGAGGAGGUUCUUCCAGUUUUUUGAUCAGCUGAGGAGGCUGAGGAUGUGGAAGAUGCAGCUGUUGGAUGAGCAUCACCUCUUCAUUAAGUACACCAGCGAAGACGUGGUCACGCUCAGAGUCACUGACCCCUCACAGCCGUCGUUCUUCGUUGUGUACAACAUGGUAUCUACAGAGGUGCUCGCCGUCUUUGAGAACACCUCCGACCAGCUGCUGGAGCUGUUUGAGAAUUUCUGCGACCUUUUUAGAAACGCAACGCUGCACAGCCAGGCCGUCCAGUUCCCCUGCUCCGCUUCAUCCAACAACUACGCACGGCAGGUCCAGAGAAGAUUCAAAGACACCAUAGUGAACGCCAAAUACGGCGGGCACACGGAGGCGGUGCGUCGGCUGCUGGGUCAGCUGCCGAUCAGCGCCCAGUCCUACAGCAGCAGCCCUUACCUCGACCUCUCCCUCUUUAGUUACGAUGACAAGUGGGUGUCGGUGAUGGAGAGACCCAAGACCUGCGGAGACCACCCCAUCAGGUUUUACGCACGGGACUCGGGCCUGCUGAAGUUUAAGAUCCAGGCGGGCCUGCUGGGACGGCCAGUAAAUCAUGCAGUGCGACGCCUGGUCGCCUUCACUUUCCACCCGUUCGAACCCUUUGCAAUCUCUGUUCAGCGGACCAAUGCAGAGUAUGUGGUCAACUUUCACAUGAGGCAUGUCUGUGCCUGAGGAGCUUGUGUAUGUGUGCAACAAAAAAACUCACACUCAAAUCAAAUUGCAGGACCAUUGGGCUUCUGUUAGCAGUUACUGGUGACAAUAUAACAAACAUGUCUUCCAUCAGGAGGCACAAAACUGUUUGCUCUGUUAGUCAGCCUCUUCUACGGAGAAAUCAGCAGUCCUCUCCCUGCAUUCGCCUCCUGAUGGAGACCACUGUUUCUCUCCCCUUUCUCCCUCCAUCAUACAGUGGUCACUCCACAUCUGCCCCUCCCCCCCCUCCACCAGAAGGCAGCAAUUCUCCUUUUGCCUUUCGCCUCCUCUCCCCCUUCCUCCGCAGAACAAAGAGGAACCUGUAUGGAGGAGAGGCUGGAAUAAGUGUAAAUGGGGAUGUAGAAAGAGUGAUUGAUGUGCGACGGAGGUGGGAGCCACAGGUAGCUGGAGCUGUUAGAAGGAACCAGAGGUGUUUUCUUUUCUUACACUGCACUCAGAGCUGCACAUUCAGUUGAUUUAUGGCCAGCAGUCCAACAAACUUUCUUUUUUUCUCACAUGGAUGGGGAAAUUUUUAAUAUUAUAUUGUUUUUACACUUUUUUUUACAUAUUACUGCUUGUAUAUAUUUUAUGCGAAUAAAAUUGUCUAAGUUUU